GAGGGGUCCAGACCUGGGGAGAAGGAGGCGCGGGGAGGAUAUGCCGAUGGUCGUACCCAACGCCUGCCAGCCAACAUGCUCAGGGAGCCCCAAAGACCUCCUGGCGGGCCAGGCGCCUCUGCUGUCACCCAAGGCAACAUGCGGCAUGGAGAUCCCCGUGAAGCAGGCCAUCCGUGGGACGCAGGCCCAGCACCUUCAGCUCCGCAGUCGCAGCCGGGGCGGCUGUCGGGUCAAGGCCAGGGCAUCCUAUGUAGAUGAGACUCUGUUUGGCAGCGCUGCGGGCACCCGGCCUCUCUUACCAGACUUUGACCCACCCUGGGUGCAGAAGACUAGUAGAGCCAGAGCAGUGGGCUCCAAGGCGUUACAGAGCUCUCCAGGCAAGGGGAGCUGUGAGGCCACCCCCUCCGGGGGCAGUACCCCAACCCUCAUGCCAAGGAAGAAGAACAGAUACAGACUGAUCGCCCACACUCCGUCUUACUGUGAUGAGUCGCUCUUUGGCUGCCGGCCUGAGGACACCAGCUGGGAGGCCUCCCGCCUGGCAAAGGGGGAUGCUUCGAAGCUGCACAGCCUCUUCUGGACACCGCCUGCCACCCCCCGGAGCAGUGACUCUCCCAGCCCCAGGGAAGCCCCACUGGGUGCUGUUCAUCCAGGUGAUCCUUCCAGAACACAGCCCCAGGGGGCAGCUGGCUCCCCCAGACUCUCCUUGUUCAGCUCCGAUGCCCUGCGCCCUCUGAGGCAGGAGCGCUCCCAUUCCCUCACCUGCCUCAGCGUCCCCAGUGCCCCCCACACAAAAGGGACUCAGGACCCCAGGCCUUCCCCUGCAGGGGUGACAUUCCGGACUCCCCUGGUGACUCCCAGGGCUCGCUCAAUCAGUGCUUCAGUGCCAGCUACCUCCCGGCGAGGCAGGGCCACCCAAAAUCCAAAGCCCCCCUGGAGGUGAGCUGCUCUCACAGCUUGCCUGUGGGGUCCCUGGAAGGGAUGCCGCAUCUUCUGGAUCCCCUUGCUGGAGAAGCUCCGCAGGCCCAGUGGCACAGAAGGGCUGUGCCUCCCCACUCCACUUGCUCCUUGCCUUCUCUCUCCCUAACAUGCCCAUGAGCUGCUCUGUGAGACAUUCCCCCUGGUCUGGCCUGGCCACACCACUAAUCAGUGCCAAUCUAGGGCCUCUGCCUCCCACUGUCUGGUGCCCACGUGUGAUUUGCCAGCCAGGAGGGGUCCUUCCUUCCCUCCCUUCAAGCCAGCUUCCUGCUUAGGACUCAGGUCCGCCUGAAUCUGGAGGCUAUAGAGGAGCAUUCUCUGAAAUCUGUGUGCUUAUGUCCACGUAUUAAAUAUAUCUGUAGCUCAUCAAAGCCACAAGUGUCACUAAUUUGGUUUGCCCUUAGCAUGGUCACGGUGAGACCUGAGCUCCCUGCGCGGUUAGAGCUGCUCCUGGGAACCCAGUGUCCUACUCAAGUAACUUGGACUUUGGGUUCUUGCCCCCCUGCCCUCUGCACUGUAUUCAAGGGAGCCCAGGGGGAAGCCUCAGCACAGGGUACCAUGGUGCCUUUAUUCUCAGGAAGGGGAGGUAGAUAACACACAAGGGACCUCGGUGGCCAGGGCCAGGGCCAGCAUCUGAAAGCCUGCAGGGGUCAGAUGGGCCACAGGAGAACCAAGUCAGCUGCACUCAGCACAGACAGACUUCGCACUUUGUGUUGGGCUUUUGAGAAUGGGGUCUCAUUGUGUAGCUCAGGCUAUCCUGGGACUCUCAGCGAUCCUCCUGCCUCAGCCUCCCAAGUGCUGGGAUGACAGGCACAUGCUGUCACAUCCAGCUAAUGCAUUGUGAAUGUGUAGGAUGUCUUUAAACUGC